CGCACUUGUCAUUGCUGGCGCUGCAUGCCUAGCGGACGCAUCCACCUGCUGAGCAGCACCCGCGCUUACCCUUCUUGGAGCCUUGUUUCGGAGUCUAGGGAAAAAUCCGCAGUGUUCGACUACUUUUUUUUCUUUCGGAACAAAUCUGUGUGAUUUAGUAUUGAAGGCUGGUUAAAAGCAGACAUCCAGGUCGAAGAAAGAAUCAAAAGAGGACCGACAAAACUUUUUAGAAAAAUUGCCGAGUUUUCCCGGGCAACGCGGCGAAACCUUACAGUUCACUACAGGUAGCUGAUUCGUGGGGGAAGGAAGGCAAAGGAAAACAAAAGCCGACCUACGAUAAGAAUGGAUGCCCGGGGUCUCUGCUUUCGCUUGUGCGUCUUGCUGUUACCGGUGUUGAGAGUGCAUGGCAUCCAAAGAGUAACUGCAGUCUAUGGAGAAACAAUCACCAUACCUUGUGGUUCAAUAGUGGUUCCAGACUUAAUGUUUGUAAAAUGGAAAUAUGAAGACCAGGGUGGAGUAUCUCAGAGCCUUCUAACAAAGCCAGCACACAAGCCUUCACUAAACCUUGAAAAUGGGCCACAGUAUGAAGGCAGACUGAACAUUACUUCCAACUAUAGUUUGCUGAUUUCUGGGGCAAACCUUGCAGAUGAGCACAAAUAUGUGUGCAUGAUGGCAACAGACAGCAAUGUUUUUGAGACCAGUGUGAUAGUGAAUGUAUUUAAGAAACCAUCAAAACCAGAAAUCAUUAAUCAACCAACAAACCUUGAAGUAGGAAAACUAAUAAAGGUAGGAGACUGCAUUUCAAAGGACAGCAAUCCAAAAGGCAACAUAACAUGGUUAAAAAAUGGACAGCCUCUUAUAGCAGAUGAAACAACAAUUCUUAUAAAGAACUCUGAUACGGUAGAUGCAAAAACAGGACUGUCAUCAACUUCAUCCACACUGCAAUAUGUUGCUACGAAAGCAGAUAAAGGGACUCAGUUUUCCUGUCAAGUGCAGUAUUUUCGAGAAAAUCAGCUGUCUGAUCCAGUAAUGCUUCCUGUCUAUUAUCCAGCUGAGAAGGUGCAGAUCACGUUGUUAACAAAAGGUCUGAUAAGAGAAGGCGACAAUGUCACUUUUAAGUGCAGUGCAGAUGGAAAUCCUCUACCAUCUAGCUAUACCUUCUAUGUUAAGGAGAAACCUGAAAUCAUUGAAAAUUCGGACCUUUUUAGUAUUGUAAAUGUCUCUAGAGAUAACACAGGAAAUUAUAGUUGUUCUCUACCCAACAAUAACAUGCUUCAAGACUCAACUUUUCUGAAAGUUCAUUACUUGGACUUGACUCUGAAACCCCAAGGACUAGUCACUGCAUUGGUUGGAACACGCUUAAAUAUAUCCUUAGUCAAUGAAUCCAGUACACCUAUUACAGUUACUUGGAUGAAGGACAGAAGGAAGAUUAGCCUUCCAGUGCUGGAGAAGCUUCAGUAUGAACAUGCUGGACUAUAUGAGUGUGAAGUAGCUUCCACAGUAGUCAAUGGAAUGAAGAAAAUAAGCUCUUUCGACCUUGCUGUAGAAGGAAAGCCACACAUCACUAGAGUUACCAAGAAACUAGCAGAUGAUGGCAUUAGCAAGGUCUUGUCUUGUUAUGGUGAAGGACUACCGCCUCCCAAUGUCAGAUGGAAUGUCAAUAUCACCUCUGAGAAAAUGAUAAAGGAAAAAAAUGGAAAAUUUACCCACCAGGUGGUUGUUUUCCCUCAGGGAAACAUUAGUGCAACAUGUAUAGCAUCAAACAAGUUAGGUGAAGAGCAGCUGUCAAUAAACAUUUCUUCCUUAUAUUCUCCAGAUGAGAAUUCGGAAGACAUAAAUCGUGAAUCUCCAAAAGUGAAUGAUCAGGCCAAGCUGAUUGUUGGAAUUGUCGUGGGCCUCCUUUUGGCUGCAUUGGUGGCUGGUUUUGUGUAUUGGCUCUAUUCAAAGAAAUCCAAACAAGGAAGCUGGAAAACAGGAGAAAAAGAAAUGGGAACACAUGAAGAAAGUAAAAAAUUGGAAGAAAGUAAUCACAAGUCAGAGGCCUGAGGAAAGCAAAAAAAAUCCAGAAAAUGAAAGAAGAGGAAAAAAAGCAAGUUAUCUUCAUUUUUACUUGCCGUUUUUAACAAGAACUAGAUUGCAAAGCAGUUUUGUUGGAUGUAAUGAUGACGCUGCCCUAAUAGCACGUUCAGCAGCUGACAAACAUUUUCCCUUUAUGCAUUUUUUUUUUUGUUUUAAACAAAAUUUGGAAGUGUUCAUAAAAAAUAACUGUUGCACCAUCUUUAAUGUUUUAAGUAUGUGGAAGAGGAUGGAAAAAAAAAAGAAUCCUUCACGGGCCAGCAUUCUCAUUUGUAACGUAUUUGGAAGUCUGCACUGAAGCUUUGUGUUCCUGGUGAAUGCUUUUUUUUUUUUUUUUUUUUUUUUUUUAUAUAAUAUAAACACUUUUUCUUGAAUUAACUUCACUUAAUGUUGAUCGGAGGGAUUUGUGAGGGAUGAUAUUUUCUGUGUUUUUUGUGUGAGUGAGUAUGUGUGUAUGGAAUGUUGUGUGCUUUAUUUUUUUAGAAUACGGAGCACCACUGCUAUGGUAAGCUCACUUUGAAACUCUACCGGUACAACACUACUAGAUUCUUUAUUAGUUCUUUCACCUCCAGAACUUCUUAGUAAGAUUUACCUUAAUACUCAUUGUGUAUGCUUUGGGGGUUACUUGAUUAUAGGAUGUGGUUACUAAGCUUCAGUUCAGUUAUAGUUCCAAGUGUGUGGCAGUUCUAAAUCAGGUACAGACUAUGUGUCUAUAAAGUCCUUAGGAUUUUUUAAAGUGAGUACUCCUAAGCAAGAAAAUAAGUCAUGUUUCUGUUUCUCCCGAUAGACUGGAUCUGUCACAGAGUUAAAACUGCAAAGGUAAUUUUAGAAUAUUUGAAAUAUCCUGAAUUAUAAAAGAAGUUGUGAAGACGUAUGUAAAUUAUGAGUGUGUGCAUUUUGUCCUGUUCAUCCGUUUGCUUUGGCGUUUCUCAGCCUCUACUACUGAACAGGUGUCACACUUCCAGCUCCACCAUUGGAGUGGGCUUAAGGGCACCGUGGGGCAGUUUUGUUUACAACCUGGAUUUGGAUUUACAUGAGUCAAUCACUUGUGAUGGUUCAUCUUUGGUUAGUGGAUCACAUCCCACACUUACUGUACUGCCUAGUCCUACACAAAUCAGUGGAACUGCACAGCAACCAGUUUGAAAGUCCUAAGUUUGUUUACAUCUUUAUUUUUUAAGCUUUGUACACUAUUGGUUAAAAAAAAUUACCUAGAGAGGGGGGUGCAAGUGUGGCUGUAAGUUGAAGUAUUGAAUCUGACACUCAUUUCUGUUUGUCUUGGUUAUUUAUGCUGCAAGGAACCAUUGCUGAUCUUGUUUUUACUAAAUUAGGUCUUUGUUGUUAGCUUAACAGUUUUAUUCAGGGCUUUAUGUCACUAAUAGUUUUUUUUAUAAUAAAAAAUAAAAUUCUCUAAGGAUAAAAAAAAAAAAAAAUCUGACAGCACUCUUCCAAAAAAGUAUUCAAGUGGAGCUCUGACACAUCAGCAUUCAUAUUCAGAAACUUUUAGCUAAAAUGAAGUGCUGUUCAUGAACCAUUUUACUGUAUUUGUUAACUUUUUGUUUGGAGAAAAAAAAAAAAAAACCAUGAUGAAAAGGGGGCUGUUCAGGUUAGCCAUUAAACCAAAGAAAGACGAAAGGAACAUCACGAUGUCUGUAAAUAGUACCUUUUGUGUUUUAUUUUAUUUUUUUGUACUUGUUAUUUUAAAAUGUACAUUUUUUUGAGUAAGACAAUUGAAUAAAUCCCCUGGACACCUAUAA